AACAGCUACAGCGGUUCGAUUGUCUUAGUUCAGAGAUGAAUGCUUGCCAGGCAAUUGUCAAACCAGACUGUACGAAACCAAAAGUUUUGAAAUCAUCCGGUAUGAAGAAUGCCUUGGUGAAGACAGUACAUGAGGCAAUUAGCAACACCAAUGAAGAAAACAACAACAUUUUGGAAGAACACAAUCUCAUUUUCCUUUCAAAAAGAAGCAUUCCAAAACCAGUAAUGGAGACUGCAUCACAUGCAACAAUUGAAUUUGCUGGGGUGAAAUUUAAAACAAAUGCAUCGUCUGGUCAACAGUAUUUAAAGUAUAUUGAAAACGGUGUCAUCAAGAAAACGCAACUGCAAUUGCCAAAUGUGCAGGAGUUAGCAAUCUGUGAAGAAAAAUAUCAGUUUACUCCUGAUGAUUUCAAGGCUGCAACAAGAUCACAAAGAGUUUCAAAAAAAGCAUACAGUGUCACCCAUCUUAAAACUUCAGAAGAAAUGCUGUCCUCAGAAACGUUCCACAAAAAUUCAAUUGUCACAACACCACAGGGAAAAAGUCUCAUCAGCACAUACUUGGCUAGAAAUAUACACAAAAUUAAAGUACAGAAACCUAUCACCAUCAGCAUAGACAGCGAAUUACACAUGUCAAAUUGCUCAUGCCCAGAACAUCCUAAAUGCUGCUGUUGCCCGAGAUAUGCUCAUCCAAUAUGUGCCAAGAUGUAUGCAGACAAAGAGCCAGACAUUGACAUCCUUACAUAUAUUAAACAAACUAAAGGGGAGGCCGAAAUGUCCCAAGUUGAUUGGCUGACUGAAUACCAGGAUCGUUUGUUAGAUGGAAACGCCUGUGUUAGCAUCGUCACAUCUGGGGAUAUUGAUGCGGUUGUUAUCCACAUGUUUGCUUUGUCACAUGGUUGGCCCCGUACAUCAGACGGAAAGUUCAAAAAUAGUGUCUUUGUUAUACUUCAGAAGCCAGUCGGUCUCUAUGACACAUACCAUGUGACAGACAUAUUGACCGCAUUGGAGGAAAAAUGGAAUGACAAGAACAUUGGAAUGAAAUUAGCCCUUGUUCUCAGUAUGGCUGGCAAUGACUUCCUUCCAAAGUUGCAUGGAAUUUCACAUACAAAAACAGUUGAGGUCUUCCUGCAAUACCCCCACUUGCGAUCGUCACUGUUUGACUUUGAACACCCCUCUGACUGCACCAUACACGUAAAGCUGAACCCAGACAUAUACACGGAACUUAUAAAGUACUUGUAUUGCGCAAAGAAGCUAAACGCGGACGACUUCAGUUUUGAUGAAAUACAUCAAAUGUCAAUAUUGCCAGUUAAUGCAAGGUCAUUGGAAGAUUACAGAAAUCCACAGCUUUGGAUGCCCCCAAUAAGUACAAUCGAAAAAAUGUCCAAGAAUGUCCAGUGUCUCAUAGACUAUUACUUGACCGCUGGGGACCAUUCGAAACAAAUGCCAAAUUUUCUGCUAUGUGGUAGUCUUACUAAAACAGAGAAAGGAGAGAUAGAAUUCGAUCUAGGUCCAGAUUCACAUAUCAACCGUAUUGGGGAAUGUGUGGUUACAGAUCCAGGAGAACUGGCGCUCAGGCUGAGGAAGAAAGGAAAACGGAAACCAGAGGAAACACCACAAAAAGGACGAAGGCGCAAACUACGGCCACAGGCACAAUCAACUCCAAGAAAGAAUUAUGAUGAUUGAUGAACCAGUACACAGAUGGAAAAUAUGUUUGAAGUAGAUCAAUGCAAAAUUCAUGUUGAUCUUUAAGUUGAGACAUUUUUGUAUUUAAUAUUUAUCAACCACAGGCGACUACAUCUAAUUAAUUCAUUUAAUUAUAUAAUUUAAGUCCAGUUCAACACUCCACUAGCAAAUAUCAUGCUGGAUACUCAUGUUGAUAAUUCCUGUAAAGUUGAUUGUUAACAAAUUUGUUUUUUAACUUACUGAUUAGUAACAUAGUUACCCGGAAUGUUUAUUAUGUGAACAAUUGUUAUGUGAAUUACAAAGGUGAAGUUGGUAUUUGGUGUAAAAAUUAAUGUUUUUUCCAUUAAAUUUCCUUGCUAGAAAAGUUUGGGUUACAAUCAUGACAAUACAAAAUAUACAUGUAUAUAGCAGCUUAUCAUUCUAUUAUUAUAAAUUGACAAGAAUUCUAUAAA